CAAAGUGUGCCCAUAGAGAGUGAGAACCGCGUUUAGCAUGGCAGUGGCAAUUUCCAAUUCUCAAUCAAACCAAAUUUCUUAGCCUACAAGCAAUAUUCAUACACACAAUAGCUUUAGUGGUUUCCAGUCUCAAUCACAUAAAUCAAACCUUAAUUAAUUUUCUAGCUAGAAGCUAGCUAGCUAAUUGAGGUUCAAUUAAAGCGCUUCAAUACUUCAUUCAAGGACAUCGCCAAGAGCAAUAAUGGGAAAGAAGAUUGAUGCCUUACUUGGAAGAAACUCCAAGUGGAGCGCCAAGUUGAAAGCCACCACAAGCCUCGCCAUUUCCCGCGUGGCGGUUCUCAAGAACCAGCGCCAUGCCCGCUCCUCCAUCGCCCGCUCCGACCUCCUCCAGCUCCUAACCCUCGGCCAGCAUCAAAGAGCCCUUCUUCGCGUUAAGCAAGUGAUGAAGGAAGAGAACAUGCUGGAUGUGUUGGCUAUGGUACAAGGCUUCUGCUAUCUCUUGAUGGAAAGGGUGGCCCUACUCGAACAUCAAAAGGAUUGCCCCGAGGAAACAAAGGAGGCGAUAUCGAGCCUCAUAUUUGCUGCUACGAGGUGUGGGGAUUUCCCAGAACUUGUAGAGCUUCGAUCUCUUUUCUCUGCUAAAUAUGGAAAGGAAUUCGUGUCCCUGGCCGUUGACUUAAGAAACAACUGCGGGGUCAAUCCAAAGGUGAUUCAAAAGCUGUCCACUAGAACACCUAGCUACGAGGAGAGGUUGAUGAUCCUUAAAGAAAUUGCAGCAGAACACAACAUCCCUCUGCACAUUGAGGAGCCCAAUAAUGAUGAAGAUGCAACAGAGGGACAAAAUGUUGUUGGGAAUGGGUCGGUGCGGGCAAAUAAUUGCUGCAUUGCCGGGUUGGACACGGAAGUGAGAAGAAAGUACAAGGACGUGGGUGAUGCGGCACAAGCAGCGUUUGAAUCAGCAGCUGAUGCAGCAGAAGCAGCCAGAGCUGCCGUGGAGCUCUCCCGCUCUGAUGAGGACACAAAAGAAAAACACAUCAUAUCCAUGAGAGACUGAAUAUUUUUUUUGUAAAACUGUUCUUGUUCUUGUUAUAUUUGUAUGUUUAAUGUUUGGGUUUGGUUUGGCAGUGUACAUGUUGCAUUUCAUGCUUGCUAGUGGUACUCACGUUUGACUAAUAUGACUAUUAAAUAUUAAUAAAUAAAUCUUUGUGAGUUUU